GUAUGACUGGGCUGGUGAGCCGGGCAACGGGAUAUAGACCUGAGUCCACAAGAAUAUAAAAGGGCCUGGUCUUUUACCAUCUGCUCCGGUAUUCUGUUUGUAUUGAUAUUUCUAUCAUCGUGUGGCUACCCUUCCCAGAUGGCUUCCUUCAAACGUGCUAUGUUGCUGCUCGGUACCCUCUUGCCUGCUGUCUUCGGUGUUACUGGACAGGAGCCUCACCAAGAGAUCCAGACGAUCCCUGGAAAAUACAUUGUUACCUUCAAACCGGGCCUUGCCGAUGCCAGAAUUGAAUCCCAUUCGACAUGGGCAGCGGAACUUCACAGGCGCAGCCUAGCAGGCCGUAGUACAGCCGAUGAAGAUCUCCCCGUCGGAAUCGAGAGGACAUACAAGAUCAAUCAAUUCGCUGGAUAUGCCGGCUCUUUUGAUGAAGCAACCAUCGAGGAGAUCCGCAGACACGCUGAUGUAGCUUCUGUGGAAGAGGACCAGGUCUGGUACCUCGACACUCUGGUCACAGAAAGGAGAGCCCCUUGGGGCCUCGGUAGCAUCUCCCACCGGGGAGCAUCUAGCACUGAUUACAUCUACGAUGACAGCGCCGGUGAGGGCACCUAUGCCUAUGUGGUGGAUACAGGUAUCCUUGCGACCCAUGAGGAGUUUGGUGGCCGUGCCAGCCUGGCAUACAAUGCCGCCGGUGGUCAGCAUGUUGACGGCGUUGGACACGGCACGCAUGUUGCAGGGACCAUCGGCGGGAGAACAUAUGGCGUUUCCAAGAAUGCCCAGAUCUUGUCCGUGAAGGUGUUUGUCGGGGAAUCGAGCUCGACGUCGGUCAUUCUGGAUGGAUUCAACUGGGCCGCCAACGAUAUUGUGAGCAAGAACCGCACCAGCAAGGCUGCCAUCAACAUGAGUCUUGGUGGGGGCUACUCCUAUGCUUUCAACAACGCCGUCGAGAGUGCGUUUGAUGACGGGGUUCUCUCUGUUGUUGCAGCGGGAAAUGAGAAUCGCGAUGCGUCUCGGACCAGCCCGGCAUCUGCCCCUGAUGCUGUCACGGUUGCUGCUAUCAAUCGAAGCAAUGCCCGUGCAUCUUUCUCGAACUACGGUCCCGUGGUCGACAUCUUUGCACCUGGGGAGAAUAUUCUUUCUGCCUGGAUCGGGUCCAACUCUGCGACCAACACCAUCUCUGGCACAUCGAUGUCCACUCCCCAUGUGACAGGGCUGGUCAUCUAUCUGAUGGGCUUGGAGGAACUUUCCACUCCCGGGGCCGCGACUGCCCGGCUCAAGGCAUUGGCCACGCGGAAUGUUGUCACCAAUGUUUCCAAUAGCCCUAAUCUUCUGGCUUACAAUGGUAACAGCCGGGCGUCAAGCGACGACGGUGACAGCGAUGAAGACGAUGCCUAGCAGAGUUAUAUUAGAGUCAGAUUACGCUAGAGAUGGAGAAGAUGGCGAAUCACUA